UAAAAUUCGACGAAUUUCAGAAAGAUGAGAGAAUUUUAACUGUCAAAAGAAAAAACCAGUGGAAGAGAUAGUGAGCAAAAGAGAAAAAAAACACAGUCAUGGCUUCUCACUCAAAUCUAUCCUCCUUUCUCUCCCCUCCUCCUGCAUCAUCUUCUUCUACACCAAAAUCAUAUCUACACCCACUAAACCUCUCACAAACCAGGUUCCCACAAAAUGGAUACACAAGGACUAACUCCAAUUCUCCUCCCCGUUUCAUUUGCUCAGCAGCUGGUCAAACAGGGUUCUUUUCAAAACUAGGAAGGUUACUUAAAGAGAAAGCUAAAAGUGAUGUUGAGAAAAUCUUCUCUGGGUUUUCAAAAACUAGAGAAAAUCUCUCUGUAAUUGAUGAGCUUCUUAUGAUGUGGAAUUUGUCUGAUACUGAUAAAGUUUUAGAUGAGCUUGAAGAGGCUUUACUUGUUUCUGAUUUUGGUCCUAAAAUUACAUUUAAGAUUGUUGAUAGUUUAAGGGAGGAUAUCUUAAGUGGGAAGCUCAAAUCUGGUACUGAAAUUAAGGAAGCUUUGAAGAAAUUUGUGCUUGAUUUGCUAACAAGCAAACAAGGGAAUAAGUCAGAACUUCAACUUGGGUUCAGGAAACCGGCGGUAAUUAUGAUUGUUGGUGUAAAUGGAGGAGGGAAGACUACUUCAUUAGGAAAGCUUGCAUUUAGAUUAAAGAAAGAAGGGGUAAAGAUAUUAAUGGCAGCUGGUGAUACAUUUAGAGCAGCUGCUGGUGAUCAAUUGGAAAUUUGGGCCGAGAGAACAGGCUCAGAAAUAGUUAUGCCUGAAAAUGAUAAAGCUAAAGCUUCAGCAGUUCUUUCACAGGCUGUCAAAAGAGGAAAACAAGAGGGUUAUGAUCUAGUUUUGUGCGACACAUCUGGACGAUUGCACACUAACUUCGACCUGAUGGAAGAAUUGAUAACCUGCAAGAAAUCUCUCGGUAAAGUGGUUGCAGGUGCCCCAAAUGAAAUCCUGCUUGUUCUGGACGGAACAACUGGUCUAAAUAUGCUCCCACAAGCGCGAGAGUUUAACGAAGUGGUUGGUAUUACAGGUUUAAUAUUGACGAAACUUGACGGUUCUGCUAGAGGUGGUUGUGUGGUCAGCGUCGUGGAUGAACUUGGCAUCCCGAUAAAGUUUGUGGGUGUUGGCGAGGGAGUUGAAGACUUGCAACCGUUCGACGCCCAGGCCUUUGUUGAUGCCAUUUUCUCUUAAGAUUUUACCGAAAAAUGGGGUGCCAAGGAGGUCCUGGGGAAAGGAAUUGGUCGAGAUGAUGAUACUCAUUCGGUGCAGCAGAGAAACCAAAGAAUGCCUGAACCCCAAAAAUGAAGGCAGUCUCCCAAAAUUUUGUGGUACAGUAUCUGAACGGGACAUGAGUUACAAGCAGUGGAUGCAAAAUAAAGUCCCAUGUUAUCUAACACUCAAUCUGCCAAACAUUGAAUUUUGAAGAUGGUUUACAAGUAUACAUGAGUUGGGAACACGCUCCCUGGGAUCAAUGUGUUUUAGUUUGUUUACUGAAAACAUUCAUUCAUGUAUGAAUACCAUACUGAGUAAACAAAAUCCAUACUCAUCUAUUUUGAAUGCAAAUCAGUUAAUUUUGUACAA